AUGAGGAUGGGUCAGGCGGCCUGCGCUGAAUCCAUUUGCCAGACCGUGCCGACCUCAAUGUCCGGAGCAGAGCAGCAUGGCGGACAGCCGAAAGCCAUCGCAGAAGAGGAGGUUACAUACUGCCAGAGCGAUCGUGACAGCAAGCAGCUAGACAAGGUUGCACUUCCAAGGCUGUUGGGAGCAAAGGAAGAUUCGGGCAGAAGUGGUGACAAGUCAUCACCGCUGAAGGAGGAUGAAGUUCUGGGAGGCAUUGAUCUCGACGCCGAGGUUGAAGCAGCUUCCAGUCUCCUUGCAGAGAUGCCGACUGCAGAUCCUUUAGAUGCAGGCCACCAGCACAGCAAGGACAGCAAGGCCCUGCGAAAGUUGGAGAGGGCCGAAGCCCGAAAGCAAGUACUGCCAUUUCUACUGCAGAAUGGCUUUCACACUGUGAAGUCAAAGAAGACGUUCUUCUGGAGGUCAUGGUAUCCUCUACACGCCGCUGUGAAAUACAAUGACUUGGAAACCGUAAGGCUUUUGAUCACUGCAGGUGCAGAUCUGCAGAAGCUGAACUCCAGGGGCGAGACGCCUGAGCAGCUUGCAGAGCGUUUGAACCGAUCAGGUUCCCACGCUGACAUUCUUCAAGCCCUGCAUCACGCAAAGGGGAAGAAGAAGUCAUCCAUGAAGGCGAAGUCCAGCACAGCAUCGUCCCUGGAGUUUACACCCCGAGGCGUAUGA